AUGGAUGGGUUUUGGGAGCAAAUGCUCAAUGACCCUACGAAUGAAUUUUCAGAAGAACAAAAGCAGUUUUUGGUCCAAUCGCGAUCACGGGUUCGUCGAAAUGCAAUCAUUGGAGUCAUUGGAGGGUUUUCUAUUCCCAUCGUUUUGGCUCGAAAACGAAAAGUAUCUCCUUUUCGAUUAUACGCUACGUCUAUCAUAUCAGGUAUAGCUGGAAAUGGACUUUCCCAGAUUGUUACCAUGGGAUAUAAUGUAUCACAAGUGAAACAGCGCUCUGACGGCUCAGACCUUACGCGGAAAAUCCAACAAUCUCUUAUCCGACAACGUGCCAUGAUGCAACAAGGAAUGAAGUUUCCUCCUUCAUCAAAUGUUCCUCUGCCUGAUCAACAGCAGGCUCAAUUAGAAAAUGGAAACCAAGAAGCUUCUUUAGGUGGUUCAGACAAAACAGGUACAUUCAUGUCUCAGGAGUCUUCUAAAUCGGCAUGGGACCGUAUCCGAGAAAAAGAUGAUUUGAAUCGCACGAAUACAAAAAAAGAAAAGAGAUACUCAUUCCCUUCUGAAGAUGAAAAUCUUGAUGCUGCGUCUUCGAAUUGGCCAAAAGAAGAUGCUACUGACAUGAGGGCUCAGACUCCUGAGGACAAAGAAUUUGAAAAACAACAAAGGGAGUUUGAUAGAUUGGUUUGGGGCUCGAAUUCCUCUUCUUCAAGCGGUGAUCUUACUUCCUGA